AGUCUUGGAGCGGUAAUUUUUAUAUCAUUUCAACUGGUCUGCUGUACUAGGUCACCAUGCUUCGUAACUGGGUGCACACGCGCGAGCCAUUAAUGUAGCCGAUCCAAGUUUUUCACACUAUUCAAAUUAAGACAGUAUAAGAUGACUUAUAUAACUAGGUGAAGAAGAUAAUGAGAAGUAGAUAUCAUGCAGGUUUGUAUAUGUGUGCACAUUGACCAAAGUAGCCGUAGCUUUCGUGUUGCCAUUUGGCGAGCUAUUAUGCGCCUGUUCAGAUGCGCAGGGCAAUAUUAGGAAUCACCAUUUACGCGCGCGCAAACUUGGCGCGUGGCGUCGCAAUUUGAAUCUUUCAUUAUGACGACACAGAAAACAAGUGUCGGUUUGACCACAACUGAAACCAAAGUGAAACCCCAGUUAAAGAAGUGAUAUUGGUCACUGAUUGAUGAUAAUAUUUGAGCUUACUCAUGAACUCAAGACCAGGAUAUCAACAAGAUAAGCCAGAUGUUCCUUAUAUCCCAGCAAGUUGUAAUCAGAGAAUGGGAAACGUCAACUCGGCAAUCACCACCCAACCCACAAGGGCAAAUCAGAACAACGCAUAUCAUCCGGGAACUAAUUACCAAGCCCCACAUAACUGGGCAACUGCAGAACGCUUCCCACGAGCAAUAUCAACGAAUCCAUUCCUCCGCAGGCAAACGGGAAUCCCUUGGUACCAAACUCAACGCCCAGGAACAAAUCCGAAUGCAUCGCAACAUCCGGGAACUAAUCUACACUUAAAUCCGAUACCAAAUCAGAUUGGCAGCAUUCAUGUGCAGUUUCCAGGUCCUCCUCUUUUUACACCAUGGUCAGGGACUUUUCAAUUUCAGGGAAAUGGUCAAAUAUGUGAAGAAAGAAUUCCAAAUAGGGCCACAUUUCAGUUUCAACCAGCGACGACUCGGGUGAAGAGUGGGAAAUUAACGCCAUCAAGACAGAGACAAAAUAAAAGGUUUCUGAAUUCUGCAUUAUUCGGACGGGAUGACAGAGUGGAGAAAAACGUCGAAGAGAAACACCAAAAGGAAGAAGGAAGUCCACAGACUGAAGAAGCCAUCCAGGAGCAAAGAGAAAGAAUUGCUAUAACUAGCAACAUAAAACACCUUGCAACAAGUUAUUCCAAAGUCAAGGCACUAGAGCUUUUGUGCAGAGACCUUCAGACACCAGUGUUAGGGGAUUUUCCAGGGUACGAACAAGAAAGGAAUAUCAUGAUUAAUCUUGCACACUUUUUAAAAGAGCAAAUAAAUAAGAUCAAACAUGUUGAAGAGGAAGAAAAAAGAAGAAACUGGUUGGAAAAUUUCGAGCCUGCCAUGCGCGCUCCUUUUCCUGUCAUAGCCAUUAAGAUACGCGAGCUCGAGAAUAAAAGAAAUAUGCUUGAGAAGGAGAAGAGAGACUUUGAAAACUUAAACAAGGAGGUUAAGAAUUACGCGGGUGAAAUUGAACUUCGAGAGAGGACAAAAGAAGUGGAUAUGUUGAAGGCAGAAAUAGAAGCAUUCGAUACUCGCUUGAAGGCUAUGAGGGAGAGGAUGGGCUUGGAGCGGAAGAGCAUCGAUUUAAAACGCACCCAACAUGAACGGGAAAUAAAGGAAAUAAACAAAACUCUUAAUCACAUUUUAUACAAAGAUCUUCCUAAACUACAAGAAAAGAUCUUUAAGGAGACAAAACCCCUUAUCGAAGUAAAAAAUGAAUUAAAUAAUUGGAAAGAACAAAAUGACUGCAUACGGGCGCGUAUUUUUGAAACGAUGGCGCAGAAAGAAGAGUUCAAGAAAUUUGCGCGCUAAAUCCUGAAAGUUCCUCAACCAUUGUUUGAAUGCCGCCACUUAUGUUUUUUUUUUUUUUGCUUGUUUAUUAUUUGUGUGUUCGUUUUUUUCUUUGCUUGCCAUUAUCAAGAUUGGGCUCCCAGGGAAGUACAGAUGGUCAUUCCAUGAGUAGUACUUGUUCAUUUACAAUCAGUCCCAGUAUGAGAAUUUUCUUAGUCAUUUAUGCUGUAUGAUGCUGUAAAUUCUAUAGUUUGUAUGCAAAGCAUUGUGAGUUCUCAACUAGUUGUAAUAAAGUAUUAAUACUAAUCAGAGCAUGAUGUUAACAUCACUGGUGGUCAGUUUAGGGCUUUGGGACGCUGCUGGUGUCGUAAAAAAAUGCACAGGGUUUGCGGAGGAAUUCACUCAAUCUUUAGUAACCAAUAAAUAGAGUUAAUAAAUGGCUUGUAAAGGGGGUUGUAAAUAGGCCUUUAUAGAUUAUGCUAGUAAAAGUAGCAUAUUG